CUUCGUGCCAAAACCAGUUGAGAGCGGUGCGCUUUUGCUGCCCGCAGAGGAUAUUCAACUGAAACUACAACACUUAUUAAUUUAACGUUACACUUAUUUUUUUUUUUAAGUAUCUGUAACGUUUAACCUAUCGUCAAUGUAGAGAGCGUAGACAUUUUUUCUUCAGCAAGUGAAAAUGUUACUAACGUUACGUGGACUUCCGUCUGAACAGUAUUUCCUCCUUGGUUUUCAUUUUGUGCUUGUAUUUGGAAAGGAUUGUGGUCCAGCAGAAUACAAAACUAAUGAUGGUCAGUGCUGCCCAAUGUGUAAUAAAGGCUUGGUGGUCCGGAGAGAUUGUACAUUGGUGUUCAGCACAUCUUGUAUGCCCUGUAUCAGAGGGACCUUCAUGAACGAGGCCAAUGGUCUAACCAAGUGCUUUCCCUGCAGUCCCUGUGACCCAGGACAGGGCCUGUUCACUCAGACAGAGUGCAAACCAACAAGUAACACAGUCUGCGACGUUCUAGAUGGAUACUACUGUAGAAGCUACUCAUCCAACUCUGAGUGUAGCCUUGCAGUAGAACAUACACACUGUUCACCGGGACAGAGUACUAAAUCACCUGGUACAAAGACAACAGAUACCGUGUGUGAGGAGUGUCAGCAUGGCUUUUACUCACAACAUGGUGUGAACUGCACUGCUUGGACUGAUUGUGCAGCAAUGGGACGCGUGAAGACUGAAGAUGGAAAUUCUAGACAAGAUGUUAUUUGUAACAAAGUGCCACCAAGGAUCCAUACCACUCUAAUAGCUCCAAUAUUAUUAUUUGGCCUAACAGUUGCUGCACUGCCAAAAUACCAGCAACAGUGUGUGAAAACCUUGUGAAGACUUACAGAAAACGCUGGACCUCUGUCAUUGCCAACAAAGGGUAAAUAACAAAGUAUUGAGAUAAACUUUUGUUAUUGACCAAAUACUUAUUUUCCACCAUAAUUUGCAAAUAAAUUCAU